AUGGCUGCUGCAUCUAAUAAAUUGCCCACGGUUGCAGUAUUCUGUCCACAAAGCAAGUGUCCCACUCAAAGCUAUCUCUCAAGCCUCCGUUCAUUCCUAUUGUCAGACCAACGUCUCCAGCCGUUGGUCAAGGAAAUCUUGUCUCUGAAACAAACGUGGAAUUUUUUUGCAAUUCACAAUGCAAACAUUGCAGGUCUCUCUCAAGGCCCAAGAUAUGCCGCAUUACUAGUUGACUGGAUCACGAACGACAGCUCAGGCCCAAUCAUCGGAAUCAUGUCUGGGAUAAUAUCCAUGCCAUUGCUUGUCAUAAUCCAAGUUUGCCAAUACCUCCAGUAUAUCCAGCUACAACGGGUAAGCCAUGCUCAGCUGCUUCGAAGCCUUGACAAGAGGGUCGGCAUUCAGGGAUAUUGUGGGGGUCUUUUGCCAGCCUUUAUUGUCGCUUGCGCUCGGGACGAGGAUGAGCUCAUCCACUUGGCGACGAUUGCUAUACGUAUUGGACUGGGGAUUGGAGCGUACUGUCAGCUCGGUGAUAACGAAAAUAUCAAAGGCGCGACAACUGCUGUUGUACGGCUUCGUUAUCCCGAGCAAGGUGAAGAAAUCGUACAGAAGUUUCCAGGUUGUGUCAUCUCAGCUGUGACAGAUCCAAAAAGCAUUACUAUCAGCGGCCAUGUAGAUGCCAUGGCACAUCUUUUGGCGCACGUUCGGGAUCAAGGACUUCUCGUACAAGAAAUGCACCUUCGCGGGCUAGUCCAUAACCCGGAGAACCUUGAACUUGCCCAAGAACUUUGUAGCCUUUGCGAUAAGAGUCCAUCUCUGCAGCUGCCAAAAACCACGCAAUUAUUGAUACCGGUUAAGUCGAACUACGACGGGAAGAGUAUCAAGAAGCUUUCUUUAACCCACGAGGCUGUACUUAUCAUGCUAACAGCAAAAUGCGAAUGGUACACAGUACUCCAGGAAGUAGCGCAAGAUCUCAAAGACGGAGGCAACUCCUUUCAUAGCUUCGAGAUCUUUGGACUUGGCGAUUGCGUUCCUCUCUCUCCUUUCCAUCAAGCCAAACUCAAUAUCACAAAAUCCGAGGCCGCUAAAGUUCUAAUAGAAGCAGAUUCCAAUCAAUAUGAGUUCAAUGACGAUGCAAUAGCAAUAAUCGGUGUUUCGUGUCGGCUGCCUGGCGCCAACAACCUCGACGAGCUGUGGGAGCUAAUGUCUCGUUGUCAAUCAACUUGUGAGAGGAUCAGACAAGACAGAGUACCUUUGGAGAAAUCGUUCAGAAAUUCGCAGAGAAAGGACUCAAUAACUGAAAGAACGUUCUAUGGUAACUUCGUCAAUGACGUUGACAAGUUCGACCAUGGUUUCUUUCGGAUUGGGGCCAAGGAAGCUUCCUGUAUAGAUCCACAGCAGCGUUUACUCCUAGAGCUGGCCUACCAGGCAAUGGAUUCCAGCGGAUACCUUCGUCAUCAUAAACGUGAAGAUAACGAUAACGUAGGCUGCUUCAUUGGUGGAGGGUUUGUCGAGUACUUGGAGAAUACUGGUAGCCAUCUGCCAACAGCAUUCAACUCGACGGGUACAAUUCGCGCUUUCCUCUGUGGCCGGUUGAGUUACCACUUCGGCUGGAAGGGACCUGCGGAAGUUGUUGAUACUGCGUGUUCAUCUUCCAUGGUCGCAAUUCACCGAGCAUGCAGGGCUAUUCUCGGAGGUGAAUGUCCAGUGGCGGUGGCUGGCGGCGUCAGCCUGAUGACUGGUGUAUCUGAUCACCUUGACCUGUCUAAGGCAGGAUUCUUGAGUCCAACUGGCCAAUGCAAACCAUUUGACGUGUCUGCCGAUGGGUAUUGUCGUUCGGAUGGAGCUGGCUUGGUCGUGCUGAAAAGACUCAAGCAUGCGGAGGCAUCUGGGGAUCAGAUUCUUGGAGUUAUUACAGGAACUGCGACAAAUCAAGGAGGCAUGUCUUCAUCAAUUGUAGUGCCGCAUGCACCUUCAUUGGAGGAGCUAUAUCAUCGCGUUCUGCAACAGGCACACAUGUCUCCCCGUCAUGUCUCGUAUGUUGAAGCCCAUGGAACAGGAACUCAGGCAGGCGACCCAAUCGAAAUGGAAAGUAUUAGGCAAGUGUUUGGUAGUGUUGAUCGCCACUCUCCUUUGCAUGUUGGUUCAGUCAAAGGAAAUAUUGGUCACUGCGAGCCCGCUGCAGGAAUUGCAGGCCUUCUUAAGGUUCUCGCUAUGUUCCGAGCCGGUAAAAUACCUCCGCUGGCAAACUUUUCGAAACUCAAUCCUAAGAUUCCGGCUCUGGCUAAAGGUAAAAUGGCCAUCGCCCAAUCAGUUGAACCAUGGCUAGGAUCAUUCCAUGCUGCAUGCAUCAAUAGCUAUGGAGCCGCUGGAAGUAAUGCCGCUGCAAUAUGCUGCGGAUAUACCUCUGUGAGCACUACAUGUGAAAAUACGAACGAGAAUCAACCAUUCCCAAUCAUAGUUACAGCUCACUCGAAAGAGAGCCUGCGUCGAUAUGUUGAUAAACUCAGCAAGUUCCUGGAACACCAGAAACCGAGUCUUGGGGACUUGGCAUUUACACUCAGCGAGCGCCGAAUGCGUCACCGCUAUCGUUGGAUGACCGUGGCGUCGGAUAUUAACGGUCUUCGCAUGGCGCUCCGUACAAGCAGAGAAGUACACGACAUUCCCCCAAGUAAAAGGCCAGUGGUGUUGGCAUUUGGAGGCCAAAAUGACCAAGUCGUCGGCCUUGACAAGGGACUAUAUGAGAUGUGCCCUCGGUUAAGGCAUCAUAUUAAUACGUGCUCGGAAAUUCUGGUCGAACUUGGCUUUCCUUCAGUAAUUCCGGCAAUUUUUCAAUCCACUUCAAUCUCGAAUGUGGCCAUUCUGCAGACUGCCAUCUUUACUGCGCAAUACUCUUUCGCGCAGUGUUUGAUUGAGGCGGGACUGGUCGUCGACACUGUCAUCGGUCAUAGUUUGGGCGAACUGACUGCCAUCACUGUUUCUGGGGUCUGGACGCUCCGAGAUGGCCUUCGGAUUGUCGCGACGCGGGCUGCUCUGAUAGCAUCUACGUGGGGACCAGAACGUGGCUCCAUGAUGGUAGUUCAUGCCAAAAAGAAACUCGUUCACAGUCUUGUUGAGAAAGUAGGAGACUGCGAAAUCGCCUGCUUCAACUCAAAUACCUCACAGGUCAUAGCAGGUUCUAUGGAUUCAAUUAACCGUGCAGAGACGAUCUUGGCAUCUGUCCUAACCUAUGAGGACGUGCGAUUCCAGCGACUCAAGACCAGCCACGGAUUUCAUUCCAAGUUCGCUGAUCCUCUGUUAGGUGAUCUUGCCGCUUUGGGAUCAACUGUAUCCUACCACAAGCCCCGGUUCAAUCUGGAGACUUGUACUGUAGACAUACACAACACAAUCACGUCGUCCCAUAUCGCAAGUCACCUAAGAAAUCCCGUAUAUUUCGAUGCUGCUGUUCAGCGCAUUACAAAACGUUUGAGCUCUUGCACAUGGCUUGAAGCUGGCUUCGAUUCUCCGAUUAUUUCUUUGCUCAAAAGGGCUGUUGAGGAUCCAACUUCACAUACUUUCCAAGCCAUAUCUUUCAAAGGGGCUAUGGCGAAGAGUGAUGUUCUUACGAAAGCCAUCGUAAGCAUGUGCCAUGAGGGAGUGGAUCUCUCAUAUUGGCCUUUUCUAAAUGCCUCCGAUUGUGGAUUCAGGCAGAUCACUCUGCCAUCAUACACUUUCGUCGGAAGCUCAUCAUGGGUCGAUAAUGUCGACCGCGUGACAGAGCUACAAGAAAAGUUACAAGCUAGUCAAAACUCAACAAAUGCGUCUAAUAGUCUUACUGUCAAGUCUAAACUUGUUACAGGGCCUAUUGUACAUGGCAGAGAAAUCUGUUUUAGUGUCAAUAUUGCGUCUGAGCGGUUUCAGUCUAUCGUAUGUGGUCACGUCGUACGCAAGCGACCGCUAUGCCCAGCAUCGAUGUACAUGGAAUGCAUUUUCAUGGCUUUACAGAAUAUGGAUUUGGAUCUCUCCCAAUCUGCUGUUUGCUUUGAAGCACUGUCAUUUGAAAGCCCCCUCGGUACUGAUCUUGGCAGAGAGCUCACACUAGUUCUCACUGUGGCCAACUCCAAAAGUAACUGGACAUUUAAUUUUGGAAGUCGUCAUACAGCCGAUGGCGCAUCAAAACUAACAGUCCACGCCAAGGGUUCCCUGAGCUUGCAAAGCAGUCACUUGGAGAAUUCGUCCAACCAGAGGCUAGUGGUAAAACAUAUUGAAGGACUAUCACGUGGCCGAGAAAUGGAGAAGUUUCUGUCAGCGCGAGCAUACAGGUUAUUCUCUAAAGUCGUGACAUAUGCCUACUUUCUUUCAGGAAUAAGAAAUAUAUUGAUCGACGGGUACCAAGCCUUGGCUGAAGUACAAGUGCCUGUUGGCCAACCUGGCCAAGAGCAGAGCACCGCGGUGGACCAGUGCGACGCAGUCACAAUAGACAUCUUCAUACAAGUCGCGGGGCUACUUAUCAAUAGCAGCGACCUUUGUGAGCAAGAUUCUGUAUUUGUCGCCACAGGUAUUGAGAAUAUCAAAUUACCGCCGACGCUCAGAUUCUCGCAAAACUUGGUGUGGAAAGUGUACGCUAUCAUCACAUCAACAGGCAAGAGUCAUGCUGUUGGAGACGUGUUCGUGCAAUCAAUGGAUGAUCUCAUCACGCUCUCAGUCAUGGGUAUUGCGUUUACGAAACUACCAAUUCCUGCGUUGGAGAGAAUACUUGAUGGAGCAAACACCAAGACGGGCAAUCCUCAUCCAUCAAAUCCGCUUCCGACGCAAGAGACAGUAGAGUUGCCUCCCCCAUUUGUCUCGCAAGCGGGAACAACAGGAGUAAAACACACUUUGGAAGAGCCCGCUCAGUACCAUUCGUCCGAUGAGGAAGAUGAGAAAGUUUUGCGAAGCAUAAUCUCAAGUUAUACUGGUGUGCAAUCUAACUUAAUCUUCAGUGAGACUUCCAUAUCGGAACUUGGUAUAGAUUCGCUCGCAUCAAUCGAGCUGACCGAAGAGCUCAAUUCUCGUUUUGGAAGAGAACUUUCUUCCAGUCAACUUUUGGACUACAGUUUUGCAGAGCUUUUGAAGCAGUUAGAAUUUCCGUCGAGGACGCCGGGGUUCUCUCUGUCAACCCACAGUGGGAUGCCGCAGGCUUCCCCCACAUCUUCCCUCAUGUCCUCCCUGGAGGAUGAAUUAUUGAUAUCAACACCACAGUCCACAACGUCUCCCUUGAGUAAUAGCCAGUUCAGCAAAUUGACCACGUCUAUUUCUUACGCAUGUGGCAUAGAAGCAACUGAGCUCACCGAAAGCAUCACACUAAGGGAACUAGGUAUUGACUCGCUGGCUGCCAUCGAACUGAAAGAUGAGCUUGAAACUGCUUUUACCACACAGGUCCCGGGCGAACAGAUCGACCUGGAUUGGAGCUUGAGUGACAUGGCUCAAUUUUUGGGGUGCUCUGGUCCCACCGCGACACACAGUACAAUACUUGAGCCAACAAAAGCAUCCGUCGUGCCGACUAUGAUAUUUGACACGAGAGAGCAAAUGAUCGGAAACCCUUUCGAGGCACUCGCACUAGCGCAAGCAGAGCUGCCAAAAGUUCUUCCGGCACGCGGCCACGAUAUCCCAUCCGUAGACGUGGGGCGAAAAUUGGAUGUCAUCACGACGAUGUAUAUUCUUGAGGCGUUCCAAAAGCUCGGCGUGGAUAUCUCGAAACUGGAAGGAGGCUCCCCUGUUCCAGUCAUUCCACAUAUCCCUACACAUUCCAAAGUUGUGAAACGGUACUACAACAUACUACAGAAACACGGGCUUGUGGACUCGGAUGGCCAAGGGUACGUCCGGAGCAUUCUGGAUUAUCCAGACAUCUCUGCAGACAAUCUAGUAUCCACCUUCACCCGCGAAUUCCCGGAGUAUCGUCCUGACACCGACAUGAUUGCAAUUACUGGCUCCAAGCUUGCCGAAUGCCUGACCGGAAAGGUGUCACCGAUGACCUUGCUCUUCGCAAGUAAAGAGGCGCGACAGAUUUUAUCAAACUACUACGCCACUUCACCGUUACUGGCAACUUCUACUGAGCUUCUGGUAAGCCUGGUGGCACACAGCGUGGGUGCAAGCGGUGGGGACGCGGUGAGGAUCAUUGAAGUAGGAGCCGGUUCGGGCGGUACCACAAAACGACUAGCCCAGGUGCUCAAUACUCUAGGAAAGAGAAUCGAGUAUACAUUCACGGACAUUGCAUCUUCACUCGUCAACCAGGCCUCCAGGACUUUUGAGGAGUACAACUGGAUGAAGUUCGAUACCCUUGAUAUCGAGGAGCCACCGCCUUCCCGGCUACAAGGAAAAUUUGACAUAGCCAUAGGCACCAAUUGCGCACAUGCGACAAGAAAUCAAGUCAGUACAAUUGGCAACAUCCGGCAGCUUCUGAACCCUGAUGGCUGUCUGAUUCUUUCGGAAGUGACCGAGGUGGUCGACUGGUACGACAUUGUUUGGGGCCUGCUCGAUGGUUGGUGGCUUUGCAAAGACUCCUCGUACCCAUUGCAGCCACCGGAAAGAUGGGUGCAGUCCUUCAAGAAGGCGGGCUUUCAGACAGUGGCACAAUCAGAUGUCCCGAUACGGCAGUUCAAUUCUCAGAGCUUGAUAGUCGGAACGAGGAACAGUCUGAAUGUGCCAAUCCACAAGGUUCAUAGCCGCACAGCUGUCAGGACCGUAGUAUAUAAGGAAGUGCAAGGAGUCGCAAUUCCAGCGGACAUUCAUCUACCCCAGGCCCCGACUGGAGAUAUCAUGAGCCUCGCAAUGAUGAUACAUGGUGGCGGGCAUAUGAUGUUAUCAAGAAAGGCCAUUCGUCCGGCACAGACAUCAUUCCUACUGGAUAAUGGUGUUCUCCCAGUCAGCUUCGAUUACCGACUCUGCCCAGAAGUCAAUCUCAUCGAUGGUCCGAUUGAAGAUAUUCGAGACGCAUAUCUUUGGAUGCAGAGCAAGUUACCAAUGCUGCUCUCGGAGCACGGGAUCACAGUCGACUGCACCAAGGUUGCCGUGAUAGGAUGGUCUACGGGAGGGCAUUUGGCGCUGUCAACAGCGUGGACAACUCGACUGCUCGCCUCGAACCCCCCAGCAGCGAUCCUCUGCUUCUAUGGGCCCGUAGACUUUGAAUCUGGAGACUUGGACAUACCACGACAUCAUAAGGUCUCUAGCGGAGUGUCUGUUCUCGAAGAAGCGAUAAAAUCUGUCACAGCAACACCUAUAACAUCCUACGAUCCCGGAAAUGGCGCGACGGGCAGCCCAGAGUUAAGCUGGAUGCAUGCCGGUGACCCAAGAUCCGAACUUGUCCUGUCGCUUUUCAGAGAAGGGAACGGACUUUCGCUCCUGCUGAACGAAGACAGGACCAGCGAUCAAUGGUAUCGAAACCCGGCCGAGCCCGGGCGCAUCGCAGCGGUCAGUCCGAUGGCACACAUGCGCUCCGGGGACUACAAGACGCCGACCUAUCUGAUUCACGGCACGCAGGAUGAGAUCGCGCCGUUUCGAUCGGCACUGGACUUCUUCCACGCUUUGCGCGAGACCAACGUCGAGUGCGGGUUUCUGGCACUUUCAGGGGUUGGGCACAUUCAUGACUUGGGGCUGAAACCGGGAACGGUUGAGUGGGAUGCUCAAGUUGGCCCCGGCUAUGAGUUCUUGUUGAGGAUGUUGCGAAGAUAAGCGUUGUUGUUUGUUACGCUAAAUUGGUUUUGUCCCUAACCUAGCAAGUCAGUAUGUCGCGAAAUUGGGUUAUGCUAGGCUAUGUUGUUUCUUGGGGUUUAGCCAACCAAUGUCAC